UAAGCUUAUUCCAAGUACUUGAGAGUGAGCGGGGGAGUUAUGGCUGGAGAGGAAGUAGUGAGUAGUGAAAAUACCUCACUUGAAUCAACACCAACAUGGGCUGUUGCUACUGUCUGCUUAGUUUUGAUUUUCAUCUCCAUUCUCAUCGAGCAUUUGCUUCAUGUUUUAGCCAAGUAUUUUAACAAGAUAAGGAGGAAGUCUCUCAUUCUCGCUCUUGACAAGAUAAAAUCAGAGUUGAUACUGCUGGGGUUCAUUUCUUUGCUGCUAACCGUGGGGGAAAAACCAAUUGCCAAUAUCUGCAUCCCUAAAUCAGCCGGAGAGUCUUUUCUUCCUUGCCAGAGCUACACCUUGAGUGAAGAUAUUGUUGAGGAAACCAAAUGUGCUGAGCAGGGAAAGGUUUCAUUGAUGUCGAGGUCUGGUGCAAAUGAGCUCCAAUACUUUAUAUUCGUGCUCGCAAUGUUCCAUGUCGCCUCUUGCUUUCUCACUUCCGCUCUUGGUAUGGCAAGGUAA